CUUUUGAUGGCACUCACUAUAUAUGCAAAUGCUCAUAAAUUUAAUAAUAAAUUAAAUAAAUUUAAAAAUUAAAUAAAACCAAAAAUGCAGAUUCUUCUCAUCUGCAUCAUCUAAUUCCCCUGAAUUUUAAUUUUGUAUAUUUGUCUUCUCUGUACAAUUUUAUAGUGUAAUUCUCAAGAUUUGAUCUUUUUCUUGCCAACAAAUCAAUAUGUCAAAACUCAUCCCUUAAUCUGUAAGAAUGCUUUUUUCUUUUUAAUAAUUGAAUUUUAAUUCUGGGGUUUUCCCAAUGUUUGUUGUGAUUUUGUUUUCUUCCUUUAUGGCCAAUUUCUUUUGAUGUAGAAGACAAAAAAAGAGAGAUUUUUUGAUCUGUAUUUGGGAUAAAGAGGCUUGAAUUCUGUUGAAUACCUUAAAAGAUUUGUUUCUCUUUGGAUAAUUGGAAGAGGGAGAUGCUAAAAUGGCUAUUAUAAGAUUAUAAAGCUGUUUCAUGGUUUGGUUUUGAAUGAAUGGAGAGGCUGGAGACUUUUACCCAGCAAGAUAAUCCUGGUCCAACUGAUGUUUCAGUUGCGUGCCUGUAUGAUCUCUUAUGUUCAGAAACAGAAUGUUGGAAGUACCACAAUGAUCAAUCGGCAUUUUCUGGUACACAACAAAGGAUGGAAAAUUUCUUGCAACAAGAUGGAAAUCAACUUUGUGCAGAUUGCGGUACCCCAGAUCCAAAAUGGGUAUCCUUAAAUUUUGGAGUACUCAUUUGUAUCAAGUGCUCUGGAGUACAUCGAAGCCUUGGUGUUCAUAUAACAAAGGUUCUAUCAGUGAAGCUAGAUGAAUGGAAUGCUGAAGAAGUGGGCAAUUUAGUUUCCUUGGGAGGAAACACUGCAAUCAACAAUGUAUAUGAAGCUUGCAUGCCUGAGAAUUUUAGGAAACCGAAAUCUGAUUCCUCUCCCGAGGAGCGUUCUGAGUUUAUUAGGAAAAAAUACGAGCUGCAACAAUUUUUGACCACUGCUGAUCGCAUGUCCUGUCCCUUUAUUCCUUCUGAUAAGAAAUCAUCAGCCUCAUCAAAUAACUCACCAGGCACCGGUUCUCUUGGCCAAGAAAAGAAACAUUACGACAAACAGGCCACUAGACAUCGUAUCGGACAUGCAUUUCGUAACAGCUGGGGGAGAAGAGACGACUUUAAGGCCACUAAGAAAUAUAACUCGUCAUCGGCAGGUAUGGUUGAAUUUGUUGGAUUGAUUAAGGUGAAUGUGGUGAAAGGCACCAACCUAGCGAUUCGAGAUGUGAUGACUAGUGAUCCUUAUGUCAUCCUUGCGCUUGGUCACCAAUCGGUGAAGACGCGAGUUAUAAAGAACAACCUUAAUCCAGUCUGGAAUGAAAGUCUCAUGCUGUCAAUUCCUGAACAAAUUCCUCCUCUUAAAGUGCUAGUCUAUGACAAGGAUAAAUUCAAGACCGACGAUUUCAUGGGCGAGGCUGAGAUUGACAUUCAACCUCUGGUUACUGCUGCUAAAGCCUAUGAGAACUCAACGAUCGAUGAGUCAACACAGCUCGGAAAAUGGAUAGCUAGCAAAGACAACACCCUAGUUAAAGAUGGGGUCAUCUACCUAACAGACGGCAAAGUAAAGCAAGAAAUUAGUCUCCGGCUGCAGAAUGUUGAGAGGGGUGUACUGGAGAUUGAGCUUGAAUGUCUUCCUCUUACUCAAUAGCUUUACCCGAACGGUUAAACGCCUCUCAACUAUCAUUGUAAUUAUGACUAUGACUAGCAGGAGGGAAGUUGAUAUUCAUACCCUGCAAAGUGUUAAUACAUAUUUAUUUUUCAUUGUACAUUGGUGUAGUAAUUUGUUUCAUCUAUGGAAUAUGAUUUCUAUGAAACUUCACUAGAAGAUUUGUAGAUUAAUUUUAUUUGUUGUCUGUUUAUGUAAUAAAUUUUAAAUUUUUAAUUA